GAAGGCUUCAUUCCACUCUGUCCCUGCUUCCGAGUCACGUGAGUCUUUCGAGGCGCAUCACAGGGGUACAGUCUUUCCCCCCAAGACAGCACAAGUGCUAUUCACACCAAUCGGCAACCAUCUAUUUCCUGCCGGACGACCGUAAUGAUCAAGACGAAGACGUCAUGGACGAUGGGGAUCGUGCCCAUCCUCCCAAUCGUGCUACUUGCUCUUAGCGGCACCUCGGCCUCCGCCAGCUUCACUUUCAGGGGCAGGGACGCACACAACGAGGGAAACCUCGAACAUGUGGCCGACGCCCAAACGAUCAACAGCAGUGUGCGCAGCCUCCAGGCCGAAGUCCCGAUGUGCGAUGGCGGAAUUGUCGGCAUUCAGGCGAGCGAUGUGUGCUGCUCCGCAAGCUGCGGGUCUUGCGGAGGUUCCGGGUGCACUAGCAGAGACGGUGGAUCGGAAUCCUGCUGUGGUGGCGGAGUCAGGGCUUCCGGUCGAUACUGCUCCAUUACGGGAGAAGCACCCUGCAUGACCGACGCGGGGAUGAACGAGUGGGAGGCGACAUGCUCAAACCCCUCGACAAAGGUGACGAGGCGUCACUGCUGACUUCCUGCGUACCUCUUGCACGUGCACGCGAGGUAGGGACCACGUCUACGACCAAGCUGGAGCUGCUGCCGGAGUCGCUCUCGUCUCCGGUCGCACUGCUGUCCAUGCAACCACUCAGGGACGCCCCCUCCUCCUUCUCCUCCUACCCACUCACAGACGGCCGGGCUUUUGCCGCCUGGGCUCCUGCCGCCUCGCGCUGAGUCGCGAUCCUCUCCCCUCCUCCAAGAGGACCUCCUACCUCGAUCAAAGAUGAUACAGUUCAGAAAAAACCGCGAGCUGCUUUUCCGCCGCACGCGGGCACCAAGAACCUUCUCGCGCGCCCGAAUACCGACCCAACAACUGCACACACGUUGCUGUGAAAGAAACCCCAGUCUCCGCUGCUCAGCCUUCUGCGCAGGGAGCGCUUGAUUGCGUGUGCUCGUACGUGCCGCUUCGUCCCGUCCUCGACGGAAUAAGUUGCCGG